AUGGCAAAUUUGAGUUGUGGUGCGAGAUGCCUUAAAUUUUGCCUUUUCGUAUUUAAUUUGAUUUUUUUGCUUUGUGGUUUGCUAUGUGUUAGUAUUGGCAUAUGGUUAGUAUUAGAUCGAUACGCUGUAGAAAACUUAGCAAUUGCUAGUGAAAAAGUUCAAGUUACCGAUGAUGGAUUACGUGAAUUGGCAUCUAAGCCAGCAGCGGUACGACAAAUUGGAUAUUUGUUAAUUAUUGGUGGUAUAAUUGUCAUUGUUGUAUCAUUUAUGGGAUGUUGUGGAGCGGCUAAAGAAUGGCGUUUACUUUUAUGUUGCUAUGCAACAUGUCUAAUGAUUAUACUUGCAACACAAAUAGCGGCGGCGAUAUAUGCUGUUAUGCAUAGUCACACGUUCGCGCAGGAUUUCCGACAAAUUUUGAAAGCAUCAUUAAAAUUAUACAAUGGGACGGAUACUACACAUAAAAUGUCCGAUGAUACAGUACUUAUGAAGGCUGCAUGGGAUAAAAUUAUGAUUGAAAAAUCAUGUUGUGGUGUGGAUUCAAAGAUUGGUGAUUUCAAUGAAAGCGGUUGGUAUCGGCUAACUGGUCAAAAGCAUCAUUUUCCGCCAGCUUGCUGUCCACCAAACAAAAAUGGAGUUUUGAUGGAAUUUUGUCCUACAAUAGCUAGAUAUGGCGAUGGUUGUUAUGAUAAAAUCAAGGAUUCUGUACAGUCAUUAAUGACACAUUUCAAGAUUGUUGCAUGGACUGUAAUCAGUAUUGCAUUGAUACAGAUAUUUGGUAUAAUAGUGGCAUUUUGCUUAUGUAAUUCUAUUGGAGAAGAUGAAUACUACUGA